AAAAUAUUCCACUACGGCUAUCGAGACCUAUUUUUGACAUUUAAAAUAUACAUAGGUUAUAUUUUGCUGAGUCUUCAUUGUAUUCAUGGAAAUUGCCCUUCUGUGAAAUCUUUAGAAUGCAAAAAUGCCCUGGGUAUGGAAAGCGGCAACAUUUCUGAUGGACAGAUAAGUGCCUCUUCUGAGUGGAAUACCACUCACCAUGCGGACCAGUGCCGGGUUGCUACUACCUAUUACGCCAAUCAGUGGCAUGCCACCCACUAUGCCCACCAGGGCAGACUGCAGUUCAAAGAAGACGAAGUCAGAGGGGGCGCUUGGUCAGCAGCUGAAAAUGACGUUAAUCCAUGGCUCCAGGUUGACCUGGUCAGUAAUUUUACCAGAGUAACCGGUUUAGCUACCCAAGGACGAGAUGACUAUGACUGGUGGGUCAUAGAAUACAAGUUACUGUACAGCAGUUACCAAAAUUCAGACUUCGAAAACUACAAAGAAAUGGGACACACGGUGGCGAAGGUAAAUACUCCUUUAUUAUUUUUUCUUAAUACUAGGGUCAUGUAUUAACUCUGUCAAAAUCCAGAUGAAGAUGCAUUUAAAUGUACCCUUGUAUUUUUGUUACCAUUUCUCUUUAAAAACUGAACAAGCCGAACGUCUAGUUUGGUUGGUGUCAAGUGCGGGGCAAGGGUGGGAGUGGGUAGGGCUUCUUCUCGUAUUUCGAGCAACUUUUUUUUUCCUUUCGAGCAACUGUUUGCAUUCCGAGCAAUUUCUCUAGUUAUCUUCUAAUUCUAAGAUAUAGGAGCAGCCUUUAGUGCUUAAAUUGGCCUUUCUUCCUUAUUUCGCAAUGUUUUAGUAGGCAAUUUAUGAAUUUCCUGUAAAAAAAGGAGCCAAGUCCUCCCCCCCUGGAGCAGAUAAGAUAAGAUAAAUAUAUAUAAGAUAAAACCAGCCGGGCUGCAAAGUCAGCGGUAGUAGUGGACGAAGAUUCACACUCGACUGACUUGAGUGUCUUGGAUGAAGAAGGUCAUUCAACAAUUUUAUUGGCUCAUUACAUUUUUUGGUUUUAUUGAGGGUAAAGUUAUUUAGCAACGCUGGUUACGCCGCGGAAUUGCAUAAAAAUGCUUAGAAAUCUUACAUUUGUUGUUCAAUUUGCAUAUUUUAGGAAAGGUUUUGUUUUUUCGAGCAACUUUUGAGCAACUUUCGAUACAAAAAGCAACUUUGAUUGUCCUUUGAGCAACUUUUGAGCAGCUUUUUGAGACAUUACGAGCAGCUUUUAGGAAAAUCUCGAGCAACUUUGUGGAAAGCCCUCAGAGUGGGUACUUGUCAACAAAUUGCGAAAUUAACUAAAACUUUAGAAAAAGGUCGUGUUGCCCACCAAAAUGGUUUAAGGCUAUUUAUCAAGGUUAACUUAAUGUUCCUUUUUCUUGUAUUGAGUUGGUAGCCCAACCCUUAACCACUUGGAUUGUAUCAGAAGCGUAAAAGCACUGCUGGUGUUGGACUGUGUGUGUGGUCGACUGUGCUUUCGCGGUAUAACGUUCGGCACACAGUAAGCUUUCUAAGAAGCUCCCACAUCUCUUUUAAGCAUUAUCUCUAAUAUAAUUAUCUUAAUUAAGUAAGCUUCCCUCUCAUUUGCGUACGGUACGAGGACAGCUAGGAAUAAUGUCACUGUCGUUAAUACUCCAAGGAAUGAAUUAAAUUUAUCAUGGUUGUCACUCCUGACCAGUUUUUGGUCUGUUUGCUACGCUGGUUGAAAAUACAAACUAUACUUCCAAAAUAGAAAAAUCACCACCAACGUUUUCCAAAACCAGUUACCAUAAUGCACGCAGAAACUAUAACGACAUUAAAAAAGACUUUAUUCAGAGACUUAAAGGAAGGUAACCAUUAAACACUUCAAGGUAAUCCAGGGCAGUCUUGGCUUCUGUUUUUCAAGCUGUGGAUUCCGGAUUCCAAGUACUCAAUUGGGGAUUCCUUGUCGGUGGAACUUGGAUUCCUAUUCCAAUCGUUAGCGGAUUGUUUUAGCUGAAUUCCCACAAAUAUAGGAAAUACCAAUGGAAUAAUGAACCUCUCUCUGAUAUCAUGGAUCUUAUUUAUUUGCAGGUAUUUGCUGGAAACAAUGACCGUAACACUGCUGUUCGUCAUAACCUGACCAAGCUUAUUACGAGUCGUUACAUUCGUUUGAAGCCGACAAAAUGGCACAACCACAUAUCAGUGAGACUAGAGCUGUAUGGUUGUUAUGGUAAGAAUGCCUCUUGUCAUUGCUAA